ACACUGACAGCCACAAUAAACUGCUUCAUAGUUCAAGUGCAGGGCAGUACCCAGCUGUCAAUGCUUUUGAGUGUUAAAGGAACAAGACGUCGCUAUAGUUAUCAACUGCUUCCUCUUUUAGAUCUAUCAGACAAACAUGGUUGUUCCUGGGCUUCAAGAAAAGGACAAGAACCUAUACUUACCUCCAGAGGAUCUGCAAAUGGUUGCCCAUGUGCCUGAUUUUAACUCAUAUCUUGCAAUGUACAAACGGUCCGCCGAAGAACCUGAAGAGUUCUGGAGGGAGGUUGCUGAGGAGUUUUACUGGAAGAAACCUCCCACAGGCCGGAUGCUGCAGUAUAACUUUGAUAUGACCAAGGACCAGGUUUACAUCAAGUUCAUGGAGGGAGCAAAGACCAAUAUUUGCUACAACGUGCUAGACCUCAACGUGCUAGACCGGAACCUGGGUGAUAAAGUUGCUUUCUACUGGGAGGGGAACUCACCUGACCAUUACCUUACCAUCACAUACAGCCAGCUUCUAAAGCAGGUGUGCAGAUGUGCCAAUGCUCUCAAACAGCUGGGUGUAAAGAAAGGAGACAGAGUGGCCAUUUACUUGCCUAUGAUCCCCGAGCUUGUGUUCACCAUGCUGGCCUGUGCUCGAAUAGGGGCAGUGCAUUCGAUUGUGUUUGCCGGAUUUUCUUCUGAGUCUCUGGCUGAAAGGAUCGUGGACGCACAGUGUGGCAUCCUGGUUACGGCAGACGGUGUUUACAGGGGAGAUAAACUGAUCAACCUAAAGCAGAUUUCAGACCAUGCCUUGGAGCAAUGCCGAGAAAAAAGCUCCUUUACAGUCCAGAAAUGUAUUGUAGUGAAGCAUCAUGCCUUCAGGAUAAGCAACACCUGCAAUAAGCUACAGACACCGUGGAAUGCAGAGUGUGAUGUGUGGUGGGACGACAUUGUGAACAGUGCGUCAGAGGAGUGUGAGCCUGAGUGGAUGGAUGCUGAAGACCCCCUCUUCAUCCUCUACACCAGCGGGUCCACGGGCAAACCCAAGGGCAUACUGCACACGACUGCCGGCUAUCUGCUCUACACAUCACUUACGUUCAAAUACGUCUUUGAUUAUCACCAUGACGAUGUGUACUGGUGCACAGCAGACAUUGGCUGGAUCACAGGCCACUCUUACAUCACAUAUGGUCCAUUAGCCAACGGAGCGACCAGUGUGCUGUUUGAAGGUAUUCCAAUCUACCCUCACGUGGGUAGGAUUUGGGAGAUCAUAGAGAAGCACAAAGUGUCUAAGUUUUACACAGCGCCCACCGCCAUCAGGCUGCUUAUGAAGUUCGGGAGUGAGCCACUGCAAAAAUAUGAUCUGUCAAGUUUGCGUGUACUGGGGACUGUGGGAGAGCCCAUAAACCCUGAAGCCUGGCUCUGGUACCACGAUGUCGUGGGUCAGGGUAGAUGCCCCGUAGUCGACACCUUCUGGCAGACGGAGACGGGAGGUCAUGUUCUGACUCCAUUGCCUGCAGCAACACCACUUAAGCCAGGAUCUGCUACGUUACCGUUUUUCGGUGUGCAGCCCACAAUCCUGAACGAGCACGGAGAGGAGCUGGAGGGAGAGGCAGAGGGCUACCUGGUUUUCCGGAAACCCUGGCCAGGCAUCAUGAGGGGCAUCUAUCAAAAUCAAGAACGAUUCCAAAACACUUACUUCAAAAAGUUCCCAGGGUUUUAUGUGACAGGAGAUGGAUGCAGAAGGGACAAAGAUGGCUACUACUGGAUCACCGGCAGAAUAGAUGACAUGCUGAAUGUCUCAGGGCACCUGCUCAGCACUGCCGAGGUGGAAGCGGCGUUAUCAGAACACCCGUCUGUGGCUGAAGCAGCCGUGGUCAGCUGUCCUCACACCGUCAAGGGCGAGUGUCUCUACUGCUUCGUCACGCUUAAGGACAGCAAGGAAUUCAACCACACACUCAUGGAGGAGCUCAAGAGGAAAGUGAGAGAGAAGAUUGGCCCGAUAGCCACUCCAGAUUUCAUCCAGAAUGCCCCGGGCCUCCCCAAAACUCGCUCAGGGAAGAUCAUGCGGCGUGUCCUGAGGCAGAUCGCCCGCAAUGAGAAAGACCUGGGUGACCUUUCCACUCUGGCUGACCCCAAAGUUGUGGAAGUGCUCUUCAGUCAGAGGUGUGAAGCAGCAGCGUGAAAGCUUUAAGCCAUUUCUCAUGCCUUUCCAACUCAUCCAGGAACAGCCUUCAUUCAAAAAAAAAUAAUAAUAAAAAAGCUUUCACACUGUCAGCUGAUCCUAAUUUAGAAAGCAGAGGGACAUUUCCUUUUACCUUAUCUGUGAAGGAUUUUUAGGUUAUUCUUCUAGCCACGAUCGAAAAAUGAGCAUGCAAGCAGACAUGAGGAUGAUUUUGAUUGAAUCACAGUUUCAGAGGUUCUGAACUAAACUGGUGGAGUGUUCCUUCAUCUCUGUAAGAAGGUUCCCAAACAGAGAGGUCAUGUAGAUGUCCGUGCCUUUCCAGAUUCUGACACCACAACCCUGGCUAUAAAAGAACGACAUAAAUAACCUAUAUUUCGUUGUCAUGCCCACAUUUUGUGCCACUGUAAUGUAAUCACGGUCCACGAUCCAACCAAUAGAGAGACUAACUCUAAUAGUGUACAUACUUUUCCACAGAAAUCGAUAUGCAUUUUGGUCAUUUUGAAAUCCAGGAAACUGGGUGGCCUUUUUUUUGUCUUGCGAUGACUUUAUAUAACUUAUUGUGCUUGCACCCUUGAUAAAACUGCACAAGGUCUGACCGGUGCUGUUCUCAGAAUAGAAGAGCUAGUAUCUGUCGGAUAAAUGAGCCAAAUAUUGCAUUUCGACAGCGAUACAGACUGUGAAGCUAGUUUAUGGUGAUAUCAAAGAACAAGACUUAAAUUCAGCUGCAAUUUACAAUAUUUUUUGGUUUAUUUCCAACCAGAAGCCUAAACAAACAACCAAUCGAGCCAUUUCAGUAUUCCAAUAUGGCUGUAUUGCAAAUUGCACUUUCAUGAAGGUAUCUUUGAUACACAAAUAUGAUUACAGAGCCACUUCUUCCCUUCCAAAUCUAUCUAUGAGGCAUAUCCAGUUUACAAUAUAAGAGCUAAUAAAUAUAAAAGAAGUUAAAUGAACAUUUUUCAUUUGUAAAUAAAAGAUAUUGUUGAAGACACGCGAUUCUGAUUAACAUAAUGAAAUGUAAACUGAUUAAAUGCCCUUAUGAAUGCUGAUGUGCACAAGGGGGUGAAAAAAAAUUGCUGCACGGAUUACAUUACUUAUAUUACUACACAAGUUUGAUCCAAAAUAUUGUCUCCCUGUUCAUUCUUGAAUCAGGUACAAGGUCCUAUUAUUCAUAUUUAAGUCACUUAAUGAACUGACUCUUGUGUUAUGGAUUAGCUUUUAUCAACAUACCUCUCCACACGAUCUUCCAUCUUCCUUACUGUUCCUGAAUCCUGAUUAAAGGAUUGCUCUGUUUACUCCCAAGGCUCUGAAACUAUAGACCCUGCAACAUAAAGCAUGUAUCUUCUGAUGUGGCAUUAUAAUGAAUACAUUUUAAUUGUCUUGUAACUUGCUGAUUUAAUACAGAUCGGAUUAAUGUUGGUUGUUUUUAAAGUCCUGUAUAAAUAAAUGUACUUGCAU